GUAGCAAGAUUUCCAAAGGUGGAUGUGGAAAGAGUGUUUUAAUUCCUCGACUUUGUGUGCCAUGAAAUAUGGAAAGAAGAGAUGUGUGCAGCCAUUUGCUAUUUGUGAUACCUGCCUUGGCUCUCAUAUCCCAGAGGAGAUGCACCAUGGUCACUGCCACCAGACAUUUUGCUCCAUUAACAAUAGUUUUAAUUUCUCAGAACAUGUGAAUCGGUGCAAAGAAAACAAGAAGUUCAACAAGGAUAAACAUAUUCUUGAUUCUUCUCUUCCCCUGGGAAUCAGCUUGCUAAAGUCCUUGUGUGCUCUAGUUGAGGUAUCUGUUCUGCCAGAAGCCCUUGAAUCAAUUUGGACAGAAGGCCAUUGAAAGAUUCAGGGCAGGAAGCUGAAUUCAUCUUCUUCAGCAGAUGAACUCCUAAAGGUUUUCAUUUAAUUGAAGAAGGCUAAAUUCCCCAAUAGGAUUCAUUUAAUUAAAAUUUUCAUUUUUCUUUGCUCAAAUUUUCUUUUGAGGAUUUAACAUAUUAUUUUGAUC